AUGAUUAACAACGCGUCGACUUCUAAAGGCAAAAGAGAAGCUAUUCCUUCUGAACUUCCGUGGUAUAAGGUUGAGAAAUAUCGGCCUCUUUAUUUAAAAGAUGUAAUUGGCAAUGAAGGGGUUAUAAAGGGCCUGAAGCGCUGUGCAGCAGAAGGAUUCAGUCAUCAUUUGUUAUUAGCCGGACCACCCGGAGUAGGUAAAACAACUGGCAUUUACUGUUUAGCGCGCGAAAUAUUAGGGGAAGAUUUAAUUAAACAAGCAGUAUUAGAACUUAAUGCAUCAGAUGAUAGAGGGAUUGAUAUUGUCAGAAACUCAGUUAAAACAUUUGCUAAAACAAAGGUUAAUUUACCACCAGGAAAAAAAAAGAUUGUUAUUCUGGACGAAGCAGACAGUAUGACACAAAGUGCACAACAAGCUCUUCGUCGAAUUAUGGAGAUAUAUUCUGAAACGACUAGAUUUGCUUUGGCGUGUAAUACAUCAGAAAAAAUCAUUGAACCAAUUCAGAGUAGGUGUUUAAUUAUGAGAUUUGGAAGAUUACAAGAAAAAGAUAUAUUAAGAAGAUUAAUAGAAAUAUGUCAAGUUGAAAACGUUAAAUAUAAUCCGGAAGGACUUGAAGCAAUAAUCUUUACCGCAGAUGGAGAUAUGCGACAAGCAAUUAAUAAUCUUCAAUCUACGUAUUCCGGAUUUGAAUAUGUUAAUGCAGAAAACGUAUAUAAAGUCUGUGAUCAACCACAUCCCGGUUCAAUAAGAGAAAUUAUUUUAAAUUGUUCUAAUUUUAAGGUUGAUGAUGCAAUGUCUGGAUUGUCAGAUUUAUGGAAAAAAGGUUAUAGUGCAAUCGAUAUUGUCACAACAUUUUUUCGCGUCAUAAGGAUUAAUGAUGAAAUUUCAGAAAAUAUUAGAAUGGAUUUUAUAAAGGAAAUUGGAUGCACUCAUAUGAAAAUCCUGAAUGGUGUAUCAACAUUUCUUCAACUUUCUGGUCUCGUUGCAAGAUUAUGUAUGAUUGCAGAGAAGUCAGUUUGA